AUGCCAAAGGAAGGGCAGGGCAAAAGUCCCCGAGGUACGAAAGGGGUGGAGGACGAGGUGACCUUUGAGUCGACUCAAAAGUCACCUCGCUACAAUGGAACGCGACGCAGCCCGAGAUUGCCAAAGGAAGGGCAGGGCAAAAGUCCCCGAGGUACGAGAGGGGUGGAGGACGAGCUGAAUUUUGAGAUGACUUUUGAGGGGAGCAGCGAGCUGAGCAGUGAAAUUGGCGUGGCACGGAGAAACCAACUCAUCAACCAGCGGCGGAGCAAUGAGAGGGUAUACGCCACGAUGCGGCGCACUGAGAGGGGCCUCAAAGCCACGGGAGGUGCUGGCACAGUCAAGCUCUCCCCUGCCAUCCCGCCUGCUGGGCCCGUUGACGUGUCGACGGUUCGCGGUGCAAUCACGCCCGGCCGCUCCCAGGGAAAGUCCGGCAGGACCUCGUUCCGGGCAGCUGAGAGAAGUUUUCUGCCCGAUUUUGAGACGACGGUGAUGGAUUUGAAGCUGGAUUUGAAGGCUGCAGGGGCUGCUGCUGCUGCUGCUGCUCCUCCUGCUGCUGCUGCUGCUGCUCCUCCUCCAGCUGCUGCUGCUGCUAGUCUCGGGAACUCGAGCAGAAGAAUCCAGGGGAAAAGCCCAAGGCGGAGUCCUAAGGAGCGACGAAGGUUUUCUCAUAGUGACCUCCGGGUUGACCUGGGCGUUGACCUGAGCGUUGACCUUAGCAGGGACCUCGUUGACCUUCGAGGGGACCUGGUGAGCACGCCUGGCAGGGGGAGGGUGGGAGUGGGGUUGAGGGAAGGGGUGAAAGCGAGCUCGGGGCGGGCUUCUAAAGUGGGGCUUUUAGGCGGGGAGAUCUGCUCCCUGCAGGAGAGGUACUUAGUUAAGCAGGAGAUUGGGGGCGGGUCGUAUGGGAUCAUCAGGGCAGUGAGGGAGAAGGCGACUGGCAAGACAUGGGCGUGCAAGAGCAUUGACAAGGAGCAGAUUCAGAGCAAGAGGGCAGUGGUGGCUAUGAGGAGGGAAGUGAUGGUGAUGCAGCUGCUUUCGGGGCAUCCGCACGUGGUGGAGAUGAAAGAGGCAAUUGAAGAUGACACGCACGUGCACAUAGUCAUGGAGCUGUGUCGCGGGGGGGACCUCUUCGACCGCAUCAAGCAGAGGCGGCGCUACGAGGAGGCACCAGCGGCCGCCGUGCUGCAGCAGCUGGUGGGGGUGCUGCGGGCGUGCCACUCCCUGGGAGUCAUGCACCGCGAUGUCAAGCCCGAGAACCUGCUGCUCUGCUCGCCCCAUGAUGAUGUCGCUGUGAAGGUUACUGAUUUCGGGAUCGCUGCACCAAUAAAGUCAGGCGCAAAGCUAACGGAGUUGAUAGGGUCGCACAUGUACAUGGCGCCAGAAGUGAUCAACAAGAGCUACAGUGCCGAGGCCGACGUGUGGUCAGCGGGAGUGGUCCUAUACGUGCUUCUGGCCGGCGUGCCGCCCUUCUGGGCCUCCACAGAAUCCGGAGUGCUCCAUGCAAUCGUAUCCAAGCCCCUCAACUUCUCCUUCCCUCCAUGGCCUUCUAUAUCCGCGGAGGCAAAGAACCUUAUAAAAGAGAUGCUUAAGAAAGAUCCGGCGGAGAGAAUCACACUGGAUGCUGUGCUUGGUAAGUUCACCUUUUACUAA